UAUUCUGAUAACAUCCGUUUUAAUAAUAUUUGGCUUUUUUCCCCAAAAUGACGAAAGAAAAAAAUGAUGUAAAGGCUUGUAAACCGCCAGAACGAAAAUUAACCGAUGACAGGAGGAAGAUACAGCCUCCCUCAAAGGUUGUCAUGAGGAGACUGCCUCCAUCUUUAACACCCGAGCAGUUUUUAGAACAAGUUUCUCCGCUGCCAAACUACGACUUCUUUUAUUUUGUCAAAGCAGACAUGAGUUUGGGCCAGUGGGCCUUCACUCGGGCGUACAUCAACUUCCAGCAGCCAGAAGACAUAUACAUUUUCCGAGAUAAAUUUGACGGCUACAUCUUUCUCGAUAGCAAAGGAAAUGAAUACCCAGCGAUCGUAGAGUUUGCUCCCUUUCAAAAAGUACCAAAGAAAAAAGCCAAGAAGCCCGAUGCCAAGAAAGGAACUAUUGAGCAAGAUUCGGACUAUUUGAAGUUUGUGGAGAGUUUGACGAACCCGGAUGACGAGCCUGUGUCUUCGAUAGACACGUAUCUAGAGGAGCUGGAACAGCGGGAGAAAGAGACGAAAGGAAAUCGUGUUAAAAUGUCAACUCCACUGAUAGAAUUUCUCCUUAAAAGACGAGAAGAAAAAAAACAAGCCAUUCUGAAAACACGAGAAGACAGAAAGAGAAGAGAGUUGGAGAGGAGACGAUUCAAGGAGGAAGAGAAACGCAAAAGAAGAGAGAAAGAAAAGUUGAGAGAGAAAGAUAAAUUCCGUGACAAAGAGCGAGAGAAGGAUUCGGACAGAGAGCGAGGAGAAAAGAAGGAUGAUCCACAAGCCGUAACGCUUUUAAUGAACCCCGACCGUGAAAGAGAAAAAGAUCGCACUAAAGACAAAGACUUGCUAAGAUCAAAAGAAGAUAAUGACAAGUCGGUGGCGAGAGAAAAACUCCGGUUCUCCAAAGAGAAUCGGGAAAAAGAAAAAGCGUCAAGAAAUGGCAAAGCUGGAAUUUCAGAAAAGGUUCGUCCUGGGAAAGAAUCUGGUGACUCGAAGUUAGCUCGGGAAACCCCAGAACGAGGUGGGGGCGACCAUGGUAAAGGGGAUGAUAGAAAAGAUGAUCGGCUGAAACAGGCACGAGACGACCGUGGGCCGGACAGGUCAAGGUCAUAUCAAGACGACAGACCAAGAUCAACAAGAGAUCGCGAGAGGGAGUGGUCGGAGCCGGAUUUUAAAGAGAGGGACAGAGAUAAGUACAGAGAUGACCGGCCCCGAUCUGGAGCAUACAAGAACACAGACAGUCGCCGCCGAUACGAUGACAGAGCUGACCCCCCUCGUCAGGGAGGGCGUUACAGCGAGGAGAGGAGGAAAUACGAAGACCGGAAAGACCAGGCCAGGAAAGAAGAUGGCAGAGGUGACAAGGAGAAAUUAAAGAUGGAGAGUAAAAUGGUAGACAGGGACAAACCCAAGGAAAGUAAGGAAGUUAAACGAGACGACCAAAAAUCAAAGAGAGACAACCAGGUAGAUUCUCAGAUAAGGGGAGACAACCAGUCCGAUUCAAAGGGAGAUAAUGCUAAGGCCGCUGAAAGUUCAACAGAAAAAGAUAGUGACAGGUUGGACAAAGCAGACACUGAUGACCGCCGCAGAAGAAGAAAGGACCGACCAGAGCGUCCGAUCUACGUGCCGAGAAAGGCGUUGGAGAGACAGAAACAAGAAGCGGCUAAACAGGUGGACGGAUCCAGGGGCGAAGGUGAAGGUGACAAGGCUCCCAGUUCAGAUUCAGAGAAAGGUCAGAGUUCAGAAAAAACUGACGUUACUGACAAAGGUCAAGAUGAAAAAGAACCUGGUGCUGAGAAAGGUCACGGAGACAACAUACAAGAGUGAAUAAUGUUUCUUUUGUAUCAGCGUUGGACGGUCUUCAGUUCGAAGGCAAAUGACACCAUCAAGUGUCGGAUGAUCUUGGUUAGUUUGUCCAAAGGUCAAGCAGAAAAGAUAUCUUGUACAGAUUAAGGUGACAACAUACAAGAAUAUUUUGUUGGUGCAGUCAUUAAGUCAAAUAAAAAAAUAUGUGUGCUUCUGGAUACAUGUGAAUUUUUUCUUUUUGGGUUGGUGAAAAAAAAAAAAAAAAAUUCUUCUCCAAGACUUUACAUAAAAAUCACCAAAUAUUUGACAUCCAAUAGCCGAAGAUUAACAAAUCAAUCUGCUCUAGUGGUUUUGUUAAACAACAUACUUGAACUCGAUUCCAGCAACUUGAUAUUUGUUCCAGCUUACAGUAUUAUCAACUAGAUGGUUGAUGGUUAUCGAAGUAUAUUGUCUGGUAACCCAUGUACAGGCUACCACAAAACACACACCUGGGAAAUAUACAGUUAUCAUUUACAUUAAAACCUUCAGAGAUGUUAAUGCUUUAUUUAUUCGUAUCACUGGUUUUAUUGUUCAAGUAUGUGUAUUAUGAAUAAACACAACUGAUUAACAUA